AAAUCAAAUUUAGUUUCGUGGGGUGGGAUCUGAGGAGAAAGAAGGGAAGGGAACAACAAACCUCUCUUUAGUCUUUAGGGUUUUCAAUCCCAGAAUGGCAUCACAUCGUCACCAAUUGUUCACCUACGCCCUCCAACCUUCUCUCGCCGCCGCCUCCACCGUUUCCCCGGCCGCCCCGCCGCAACCGCAACCGCAGCCGCAGCCGAAUCUCAAUCUCUACGGCUCUUCCGCCGCUGACCGCUACUACCCGGACGCCACGUAUCGCUUCCUGUCUCGCGACGGAUCCGAAUCUCUGACCAACUAUCCCUCUUCUUCGUCUUCCUCUAUGUACCACUACAAUCUUCCCAACGCCGCUACGGCGUCGUCGCAUUUGGCUUACCCUCAGCUGAUUCAGCAGCAGCAGCAGCAGCAGGAAGCUUGGCCUCCCGGCGUGGAGGCUCCCGCCGCCGCCGCCGUCGAGCCUCUUCCUCCUGGAGUCAAACGCACCUCUGAAGCGCUCUACUAUCCGACCCUCUAUGGUGCCCAUAAUACAAUGGGUCAGACGGAAGCUUGGUAUACCACAGACUAUUUAACCAAGCGCCUUAAGUUGGAGACUACCAGCCAUUUGCCUGUCUAUCCACAGAGGGCGGGGGAGAAGGAUUGUACCCACUAUAUGCAAACGAGAACUUGUAAAUUUGGAGAGGGCUGCAAGUUUGAUCAUCCUAUUUGGGUUCCUGAAGGUGGAAUCCCAGAUUGGAAAGAGGCACCAGUUGUUCCAAAUGAUGAGUACCCUGAGAGACCAGGUGAACCAGACUGUCCGUACUAUGUGAAAACACAACGCUGCAAAUAUGGCCUAAGGUGCAAGUUUAAUCAUCCGAAAACAGCGGCUCCAGUUGCUGUUGAAAAUCCAGAUGCAUUACCUGAGAGGCCUUCUGAGGCCCCGUGCACUUUCUACAUGAAGACUGGAAAAUGUAAAUUUGGUUUAACAUGCAAGUUCAACCACCCAAAGGAUAUCCAGCUACCAUCAUCUAGUCAAGAUAAUGGUAGUACUGAGGCUGUAACCAGUGAUCCUGAUGCUAUCAACAAUCCGCAUGUGACAUUUGCCCCAGCAGCAUAUCACAACUCGAAGGGACUACCUGUAAGGCCGGGUGAAGUAGACUGCCCGUUCUAUCUCAAGACGGGAAGCUGCAAGUAUGGCGCCACCUGUCGUUACAAUCACCCUGAGAGGACUGCAUUCACUCCCCAAGCUACUGGGAUAAACUAUCCUCUAGUGUCCCCAACCGCUGCGAGUGUAAACCUUGGGUUGAUUAACUCAGCUGCCUCCCUCUAUCAGACCCUUGCUCAACCCACGCUAGGAGCGCUUACAGCAACUUAUCCCCAAAGGCCUGGACAACCAGAAUGUGACUACUACAUGAAGACAGGGGAGUGCAAGUUUGGAGAGAGGUGCAGGUUCCAUCACCCAGCAGAUAGGUUAAAUGCAACAAGCAAACAAGCUCCUCAACAGCCGAAUGUAAAGCUGAGUCUUGCAGGGUAUCCUAGAAGAGAGGGUGCGCAAAACUGCCCGUACUACAUGAAGACAGGGACUUGCAAGUAUGGGGCAACGUGUAAGUUUGACCAUCCUCCUCCAGGUGAAGUUAUGGCUAAAACCGCUUCAGAAGCUGAUGCUGCUCCUCCUGGUGAAGGAACUGACACGACGACUCAGUGAGUAGGCAGCUAUGUGUAAGAUAAGAUGAUAAGCGUGUUGUAAUCUUGUUUUACUUGCUAUGUUCUCUGCAUCUGUUUCUCCUUUCUCAAAUCCCUUUUAUCAUAUCCUAAAACCAAAAGAAGAGAUUGAUUGAGUCUA